CUGAUUUUCCAUAUCUCCAAUUCAAUAUUGAUUGAUUGGGCGAAAAGCAAAAACAAACUGAAAAGCUUAUUUAUUUUUCCUUUGAAAAAACGCAGUAUAAUGCAUUAUGCAGCGCCUAAGGAAUUUGAGAUUGAGAUCAAUCUCAAAUUCAGCUUCCGCUGCAAACCUAAAACGCAAAUCUCUCAAUUCAUGGGCCGCAAUUCAAGAAACCUACUUCUCCACCAAGGAUACGUUUGAGAGACACCGAGUUGUUUUCACCGUCGGAACUUCCAUUGCUUCCGUCGCAACUGCUUUCCUAGGUUAUUCGUUGCGUCAUGUACAUGAUACCAGAGUUGAUGAAAGGCUUCAAUCCAUUGAACAUGCUAUGAAAAGCAAUGUGAAUCUUCAACAUUCUGAAAUCAAAGAUAUUGUUGGUCGUCCGGGAGGUUGUAGUAUUCCUGCUUGUGCAGCCACUGCUGGAACGGCUUUACUUAUAGGGUAUGGCUUGGGAUGGAGAGGUGGAAGCUGGUACACAACAAAGAAGUUCAGAAAGGAACAGAUGAAAUUGCUAGGACAGAUUAAACCUAGAAGAUGGCAAAUGCUCGGGAAUAUAAAAGUGACAACAGAAGAUGGUUAUGUUCUCAACAUGCAGAGAAUUCUACCAAGAGGGAAACCUGGAAAUGACAUACCAGUUGUGCUACAGCAUGGACUAUUCAUGGAUGGUGUGACAUGGUUAUUGCUACCACCAAGUCAAUCUCUUGCAUUCCUUUUGGCGGAUAAUGGUUUUGACGUUUGGAUUGCUAACUCGCGCGGAACCAAAUAUAGUUAUCAACAUACAUCCUUUUCUAGUAACAGCUCGGAUUAUUGGAAUUGGUCAUGGGAUGAAUUAGUUGCAUAUGAUCUUCCUGCAACAUUCCAGUAUGUCCAUGAUCAAACUCGACAAAAGCUACACUAUGUUGGUCACUCACAGGGAACUUUGGUUGCAUUGGCUGCUUUUUCGAAAGAUCAACAACUGGACAAGUUGAGAUCAGCUGCCUUGCUUUGUCCAAUUGCUUAUGUUGGUCAGAUGACCUCACAAGUAGCUAAAAAGGCCGCCGAUAAUUUCAUUGCAGAGACACUGUACAAGUUGGGAGUUUUCGAAUUUAGUCUGAGAGGGGGAUCUGUCGUAAAGUUUCUUAAGGACAUGUGUACGGGAACUUCCAUCGACUGCAGCAACUUGUUUACAUCUUUCACAGGUCCGAAUUGCUGCGUAAACUCUUCGUUGAUAAACACCUUUUUGGAUCACGAGCCUCAGCCAUCAGCAACGAAGAACGUGAUCCAUUUAUCUCAGAUGAUCAGAGAAGGAACCGUAUCAAUGUUUGAUUAUGAGAACCAAGACGAGAAUAUGAAACACUAUGGACAAUCAACUCCACCAAUAUACGACAUGACAAGACUUCCGAAAGAGCUUCCUCUUUUUGUUAGUUAUGGAGGUGCUGAUGCGCUUUCUGAUGUUAAAGACGUGCAACUUCUGUUAGAAAGUGUGAAAGAUCAUGAUGCAGAUAAGCUUGUGGUUCAGUAUAGAAAUGAUUAUGCGCAUGCAGAUUUUGUUAUGGGACAAAAUGCUAAACAAGAUGUAUAUGAACCUCUCAUAUCUUUCUUUAAGCUUCAGUGAUAUUUAAGGAAUAUAUAGUACACUACACACCUUAUAGAAUUUUUUGGAAUUACUUUUUCCAUGUUGAAGAUACUCAUAGUAUAUUGAAAUCUCAGAGAAUGUAAGGAUACAGAAGAUAUUGUUAAUAAAGGAAAUUCUUAUAUA